AUGGAGAUAUCGAAGAGUUUGCAGGAAGAAAUACUCAGCGUGCAAAAUAAACUGAAAAAUGCCAUACGCGAUCAUCAGAUCUGCGUAGGCAAACUGAAGGAUGACCCGAACAAUACAGAUAUCCUUGGUCAGAUACAGAAGAUUCACUUGCACAUCGUGUCUUUGGGAAGGUGCCAGAAGCAAGUUGUCCAGCGGCUGCGCAAAGAGGUCGAAACGUUCAAAGCGGAGAAUGCGAACGGGGCGAAAGUUUCCAUCGCGUCGCUCCUCGGUUUGAACAACAAUAAUCAUAUUACGAAUAACAAUGAGACGAAACUUAAGAAGGUCGGCAAUAACUUCACUACGAAGAGCUCGAAAGAGGACUACGAGGAGAUUGUUCGAAACGGGGAUGUUUCCUCGCCUAUGCAAGAGUCCGCACGAACCAAGGAACGGCCCAGUUCGGUGGAAACGAUUUCCGGCGAGGAUGACGUUAUCGAGGUCUCCAUGGAUGAGAAUUCUAACGAAAAAUCUGAGAAAGAAGAACCGGAGAAAGAGAGCAAAAUCGAGUCGACUGAAAAACUUCAUUUCCUGAGCGCCCUUGGACUAAUUACCACUGCAACGUGUGCCGAAUUGCAAAAUAAAAGGGCUGAGAGGAAACGUCGCAGCACCGCUAAUCCGCAAUUUGUUUACUCCAGCCUUGAAGUGCCAACGAAACGAAAGAGACACUCGUACCUGCAAUCUGGAAAUGUUCCGCAAACUCGACAAACGACCGCUCGUAUGAAUGGACCAUCGCCGCCUCCGGUAAAAGUUGUACCACCGAAAUCUACGUCACCGCCGACGUCGAGAACGGUGAUGAAAUCGUUGAUUCCGGUUCAGAAGUCUACUACGCGGCCGAACAUUCUUCGAAAUGUAACAGAGAGUAAAGUUUUCCCGAAUAAGAGCAAGAUUGAAAACGGACCCAGUCAGAUACAAUUGCCCUUGUCAACCGUGAAGUCUGUUCAUUCGAUUGGUAACAAAGCGGUUCACAUACCAGGCUUACCAUCUAGUCUGACUAUCGAGAGGAUCAGCAGUGAUUCAGCAGUCUGUAUAAGUUGUAGGAACCCAGGUACGCUGACGGUAUGCGAAAAUUGUGCAUCAAAUUAUCACGUGUCUUGUCACUCCAUGUCACCGGCGCCAUCACGAAUAUGCCCCAAGUGCGCGUUGAUAGAGGAGGAAGAGAUCGAGGACGCAGAUGAGGUGGAGGAGGAAGACGAAGGAGGACGUCCGUCGUUUAAGAAGGACGAAGAAUUCGCUACAGCAGCGCACGCGCCAGGAAUUAUUAGGAAAACAAGAGAAGACGCAGAGAUCUAUAAAACGACUUGUGGACUUCAUAAAACUGAUGCAGCUCAGAAAAAGCGGGGGUUCUCAACAUCAAUUGGCAUCGGUCAACUUCCUUCCUCAACCUUCCUCAUCCCAAUCUCCUCAAGCAGCGUCUCUGCAUCAACCAUCAACCAGUCGGACGUCGGGUCUUCUGCAACUCUCACUAGUGAGCGAGAAAGUUCCGUGCCCUACUCCUCCAUCGUCCUCAAUCAGCUGCCCCGAUCGAGCCUCGCCUAUGUCGACAGGGCAGAACCGCAAGUGUCCUACGCCUAUCAGCUACCAGUCACUAGUGUUCAAUCGGAAAAGCAUCAAUCAUACCUUAUCGUCAAAAAAAUUACCGAACCAGCCAGAAGAGCAAGUCAGUCUUCCGAAGACCAAAGUCACGCUACAGUGCUCAACUAUAAACUGCCAACCACAUCAGGCUACAAUUCUCGCGUUCAGACCGAAAUCUCUGUCGCCCACUCCUCUAUGCUCAUUGGCAAGCAGUUGCCCGACACCCUCAGUCGUAACCGUAAAAAACAAACAAACCGCGCAGUACCCGCCCUCAACCGUAUCAUCGAUACAGAGAAUCUCUCCAUCACGGCCGAGUAUCAAUUGGAACGAGCGACUAUCAACGGUCGAAAGUCUAGGGCCAGGCAGCCAAGAAACAAAUUCGGUAUCAAUCAGCUGCGAUCUGCUAGAGCCACCGAAAUCCUAUUGCCUUCCUACGAUAGUACAGAAUCCGAUAAACAGUUACAAAUUGCAAAGUCUCCCGAGCCAGAGGAAACAACCCUGUUCGGUGGUCGUCCAAAGUACAGGCCAAGAACCGGUGGUCUUCUCCACUCAUUGUUCUCAGGCCAUAACAAGUCCUAUAUCCUCACCGAUAAUUCUCGAGAACCACGAGACAUUGGCCCAAAUAACAAAGAUUCCUCAAUCACCCGGCAACAGUUGUAUCAUCAAAGCUACCAGCUGGAGUCAGGCGAACGAAACGAGCCUACGGUCCAGUUGCAACGUGGUGCCCUCACAAAAUUCUUCGAGCACGUGAAAUUGGAAGAAGCGCAUAUACCAGCGCCAUCUAGAGCAAAGCUAGUAUACAAAAGCGGUACUACUUCCGAUAGGAAUCAACUUGAAGUCACUGAAGUCGCGGACGAGGACACAAAUAGUAACGAGUAUGUCACGAAGACGCCCUUGUCAUCCGGUAACGUCGAAGGUGACUUCGCCGAUCGAGAGGUCAAACAGAGCAAUUGGUUCACGAGCAAGAUUCUAAUGAAGAAAGGAGGGCACAAGAACGAUAACACGGCUAAGAGUGUGGAAUCGCUUGAUUCCGUUUCGAAUACGACGACAAGAUCGAACGACUUUAUUACGUACGAACGUAAACAUGGUAAUACGUAUGUGAGAGUCGAUCGUGAACCUGACGACGAUGAGGAAGAUCAUUCGUUGACCCGUACGUUUCAAGCUGACGUGACUUAUACGAGGCGUAUCGGAUCACUGACGGAUAUUGUAUCGGAAAAACGGAGGGAUCGGCAGCAAGACUCAGCAUCUCUGUGUAACGCACAAAGCAAUUUCUUGGAGCUUCGUAACGAGGUCUCAGUUCCUGAUGAUAAGGCUGAUUCCGAGAGACAAGACUUAUCCAGUGGCAGACGUUCGACCAGCACCAGCAGCAGAAGCAGCACUAGCGACAGCGAUACUCCGGAACAAGCGAUGAACGACUCAAUUAAGUACUCACGACGACGAUUAUCCGGAAACGAAUACAAGGAACGUCUGGGCAUUAACGCUGUAUCUCCGGAGAGUAUGCAAGUGCUCGAACAAUUCGAGUCAGCUAUGCUGGAAACUGGUUGUAGCAAUGCUGCCACUUGCUAG